CCAGCCCAAAUGCUUCCCUGGUGUCAACAUAAGUUUCGUGAGUGACAAAAUAUGCAGCACACAUUGCAAAAUGAGUUGAUCAACCCUGCAUGAUCAGUUGUCAUAGAAUGUGAAUAAGCCCAUAUUGCAGACGAAAAGAAGGUUAGACAGGAAAGAUAUGAAGGAGUUUUCAUCGCAAUAAGAAUUGUUAAACACUUGAAUAAGAACCUUCUCCGAUAAAGAGAAGGGGAUAGGUACCGCAAUUGGAAACAAUAUUUUAUAAUGUGCCGCAAACACAAGCACGAUCUAUCCACUUGAAGGAGAGUAGAAGGAACUCCGUCACCACCGGAAGAACAUAUUAUAUGUGACGAAGUGAGGCGGUUUAUGUAAUAAAUUGCGUUGGCAUUGUAAUUGUAGUGUGGUCAUUUGAUAACGAUCGUUAUUGCAUUACUUCUUGAUCGUAUUGGCGUACGUAACGCUUGGAGGGAUACAACACGAUGCACUCAACAUGAAGUUAAUCCAUCGCAAUCUCAAGCACACACUGCAUCCGAACCGGAUAGGACCGAAAAAUGACUCACAUCAAACGGGUCUGAAGGUAACACCAAAGCAGGGUGACUCCCUAUCUUAUCAAUAUCGAUUAUAUCUGCCCAUAGAUCGUUGUUGCUGCUUCGCCUUCCAACAGGGUACGGCAUAUUAAAGCAUGAGCGUUAUCACGCUUUUAAACCAUUCGCGCCCACAUUAGGCAGCAGUACGGACCAAAGUGUUAAGUGUGUGUUUUGUGACAGGUAACACCUUCCGCCCAGCAGUGGACAGCAAAGCGUGUAGAAAGUAAAACAAAAAUGAAACAGUUGAAAAUCAGCAGCUUUUUGGCGGCGUGCCUGUUCUUUGGCGCUCUAUUCGCACAAUCUGUGUCCGCCCUUCGAUGCUACCAAUGUGCCAGCCCUUCGAGCUGGAGCGACUGCCAGGCCGGUGCACAGUCGGUGGAAUGUACCAGCGCCAGCCAGAUGUCCAUCAUGGGUCACAGCCUGUUCCUGCCGGCCGAGUCACGCCAGCAGCUGGAGCCGGCCUGCGUUUCGGUGUACGCCAAGGGUACGGUCGGUGGCGCGACCGGCUAUGCCUACGUGCGGGACUGUCUGUUCAACGAUAAGUCCAUGUGUAGCUUAAUACAGAGCGCACUGCCGUCGGAAAUCCGUAUCGUCGAUUGUGAUCUUUGCACCACGGAACUGUGCAAUGGGGCGAGCAGCAUCACGGCGGUGACGCUGUCGAGUGUCGUGAUGGUGGCCAUCGCGUUGGUGCUAUGGCAGUGAGCUUAACAUAAUACACCGCCCGGAGAGGUGAAGAAGGCUACAAGCGAGUGAAUAAAAUCGUUGCUAUUAAUUUAUUGUAAAGGAA